GCUCGCCGAAUUUGAACCAAGCGUUCCCGUUAGGGUCUGGACUUCGUGGUCGGCGGCGAGCGGCGGCGAUGGACGGCAGACCCGCGACGGCGGAUGACGUGGUGGAGGCGAUGCGGGAGUUUGUCUGGUUUCCGCCGCCGCGCCCCUCCUCCGAGUUCUUCUCCCGCUUCAGCGCCCCGCGGUCUUGCUCCAAGUGGAUCAGCCGCCUCGAGUGCAACCUCUACUACUACGGGACCAACUACUUCAUCUUGAUCAUAUUGAUAGGGAUGAGCUUCCUUCAGAAACCAGUUGCCAUACUUACAGCUUUUGCAACUGGCCUCAGCAUUGCAUUUUUCAGUGACAGUUUUGCAGUUACUUCCACCGACAAGGUUAUAAGCAUUGUCAGAAAAUUUUCACCGGAUUUAGCGGCCAAGAUGAGACCGUACAUAAACUCUGUCCGUCAUGGCCGACCAAGUAUAAAAGGAUCAACUCAUAUUUGUGGCCGACCUUUGUCUAUGUGGGUCUUUGCCCUGUUCCUUUUUGAAGUUAGCUGCAUUUUCUGGGUGAGCUCCUGCAAUUUCCUGAUAGUUCCGUGGGCACUAUACGUUGGUCUACUCGUAACCUUGAUUCAUGCCAGCUUCAGAGAACGUAAUCUGAAAGGUCGUCUCAACAGAUUCAGGAAGGAAUUUCGAGAAGCAUGGUGAAAUUUCAGCGAAGCCGUAACCGUCUCUACCGGUUCGUAAAUCGUACCAUGGGAGCUCCUUUGUGGGUAUCUUGGCUCCUGUAUAGUUGAAAGUUGAAUCUGUUGCAUGUUAUAGAUGUGAAGUGAGCAUCAUUGCAGAGUUAUGCUUGGAAAGUAGUCAGAUGCACCAGGGCGCCAUCCUCUGUUAUGUUUUU